AUGGCCUUCCUGCAGAAAUCUAUGAGCUUUUCCCUUAUGGGGACAUUGGGCAUCAGCUGCUUGCUUCUCAUUGCCCUGUGGGCCCAGGAGGCAGUGGCACUGCCCAUCACUUCCCACUGCAAAAUUGACGUGUCCGACUUCCAGCGGCCAUACUUCACCAACCGCACCUUCAUGCUGGCUGAGGAGGCUAGCCUUGCAGAUAACAACACAGAUAUCCGGCUCAUUGGGGACGAGCUAUACCGGGGAGUCAAAAGGCAGGAUCGAUGCUACGUGAUGAAGGAGGUACUCAACUUUACCCUUGAAGAAGUGCUGUCCCCCCAGUCAGACAUAUUCCAGCCCCACAUGCAGGAGGUGGUGUCCUUCCUGACCAAGCUAAGCAACCAGCUCAGCCUCUGUCACACCAGUGGUGAUGACCGGCGCAUCCAGAAGAAUGUACAAACAGUGAAGGAAACUGUUAAAAAGCUCGGAGAGGGCGGAAAGAUCAAAGUAAUCGGGGAGCUGAACCUGCUGUUUUUUUUCCUGAAAAAUGCUUGUGCCUGA